AUGACUCUUCGACGCACGUCCCUCCUUCUCUCCCAACGCACGCGACCGCUACUCACUUCUCGACCUUCACUGCUACUGCUACAGAAUGCAAGACGUUCACCUACAAAUGGGAGUGCGGUAGUCGGUACUGCCUUAUUGACUCGAUUCAAUUCGUCGCUGGCUCCACAACGAGCCAAGCGCCGGAACACGGAGCGACGAAAGCGACCUGUUGUAGCAGCAGCUAAAGACGCUGCUGCACCGUCUUGUGGUGAAGAUAUGCUGGACAAGGACGAAGGCAAAUUGCGGUCGGGGAUGAAGUUUGCGUUCAAGGACGGGAAACCGUGGAUUACUGUCAUGGGGCUCGGUGGAGCAGGCAGCAACGCUGUGAACAACAUGAUUGCAUCGCAAUUAGAAGGGGUGGAGUUCAUUGUAGCCAACACGGACUGUCAAGCUUUAGGGCGGUCGCUAGCUCCGCACAAGAUCACGCUCGGGCGAGAUAUUACCAAGGGACUGGGUGCAGGCUCGAAGCCCGAGUUAGGCAAACGAUCUGCCGAGCAGCAAAAAGGAGAGAUUGAAAAGAUGCUGCAGAAUAGCAACAUGCUGUUUAUUACGGGUGGCAUGGGUGGAGGAACGUGUACGGGAGCUGCGCCCGUGGUGGCCAGUGUCGCCAGAGAGCUCGGCAUCUUGACGGUUGGUGUAGUUAGCACGCCAUUUCGCUCGGAAGGACCUAAUCGCACUCGACUGGCUAAUGCAGGUGUGAAGGAGCUGGCUAAGUUUGUUGACACGCUCAUUGUCGUGCCGAACCAGAAUUUGUUGGCACUGGCAGACAAGAGCACGACCAUGCUCGAUGCAUUUCGGUAUGCAGACGACGUGUUGUUGGAAGGUGUCAAGGGCGUCACAGACUUGAUUGUUCGUCCAGGACUGAUUAACCUGGAUUUCGCCGACAUCAAGACGAUCCUGUCGAACGCAGGUCGUGCCAUCAUGGGCUCAGGCGUCUCGAGCGAGGAAGGGCGUGCUCGAAAAGCAGCUGAACAAGCACUAGUAAACCCGCUGCUUGGUGACUUACCUACCGAGUCAGCGCACGGCUUACUGGUGACCAUCCAAGGCGGUCAGGACAUGACGCUCUUUGAAGUGGAUGAAAUCAUGGAGAUCAUUCGCAACCGUGUGCAUGACGAAGCCAACAUCAUUUUCGGCACUUGCUAUGAUCAGUCGCUGGAGGGAUCUGUGUACGUGUCUAUUAUCGUGAGCGGGAUACAGACAGACGUGAUCUCGCCGCCCAUCGGAAAGGUGCAUGCUUCCUUGCAAGAGACUAAUAAGCGUCCAGAAAGUGGAGACUUUGCAGCCAUGCCUAAGCCCGAUAAAGAGGACAAGCCUGUCGAGCAAAGCAAAGGUCUCUUCAGCCGCUUUUUCUCGUUCUGA